AUGCGUGCUGUUUCUGUUUACGCUGCUGGACCUGAAGCCCCCUCAUCCAGCCCAACCUCGCCUCAGACACGUCGACUCGCCAACGCCAUGGUGGCUCCCGUAACAAGAGUCGCGGCCUGCCAUGUCUCGCCCAUUUUCCUGUCGGCCAAGAAGACGACCCAAAAGGCCAUUGGACUGAUUGAGCGGGCGGCGGCGCAAAAGGCCAACCUCGUCGUCUUCCCGGAGACGUACAUACCUGCGUUCCCCGUGUGGAGCGCCGUGCGUGCGCCGACUGCCAACCACGGCUUCUUCAGGCGCAUGGCAGAAGAGUCGAUAUACGCGGGUGGAGAGGAGAUUCGGGAGAUUUGCGCCGCCGCAAAGGCGUCCAACGUCAUGGUCAGCCUUGGGUUCUCGGAAAAGGUCGACUUCAGCAGCGGCACGCUGUACAACUCCAACCUCCUCAUCAGCAGCGAGGGCGAGCCUCUCCUUCACCACCGAAAGCUGGUCCCGACGUUUUUUGAAAAGCUCACGUGGGCACCCGGCGACGGCCACGGUCUGCGAGUGGCCGCCACGCGCUUCGGCAAGAUUGGCAACCUGAUCUGCGGCGAGAACACGAACCCGCUGGCCAGGUACGCGCUCAUGGCCCAAGGCGAGCAGAUUCACAUAUCGACGUGGCCGGCUGUGUGGCCGACGACGCGGGCCGAGGGCCCAGCUCGACGACGCGGCGCAGACUACGACAACGUCGCGGCCAACCGGAUCCGUGCCGCUGGCCAUUGCUUCGAGGCCAAGUGCUACGGGGUCCUCUGCGCCGGCGUGCUCGGGGAAGACGCCGUGGACGAGGUCUCGGGCGGCUCGUCGCACAUGAGGCGCGUGCUACGAGAGUCGCAGCGCGGCGCCACCAUGUUCUUGGACCCUGCGGGGGCGGAGCUGCCGGGGUUCACGGUCGACGACGAGACGGGGGUCCGGGAGCCUGCGCGGCUUUUGCAGGACGCCGAGGGCAUCCUGUACGCCGACUUGGAUGUGGAGGACUGCAUCGAGGGCAAGCAAUACCACGACGUCGUCGGUGGCUAUCAACGACUGGAUGUGUUCGACUUGAGGGUCGACACCGCACGCAAGCCUCCAGCGACGUUUGUGAGCGACGGAGACGCGAAGCUGGCGCGAGUGCAGGACGGAGGGGGAGGGCGAGGCUGA